AUGAUACAAUCAGACGAAGAUAAUUUGGACUCUUCUGAAACGACAGCAUCAACUUCAUAUAGUGGUACUUCCUCUGUAUCAUCCAGACUACAACUAAGAACAUCCUUGUUUUUUGAAAAUCUUAAUGGAGCACAUGGGAACCCCGAUGCGGAGACAGAGAUGGCUACUGUUGCCUAUGAAACCACAAGUAGAGGUCAAGGAUUUGCUGUAUACAUCAACAAUGAAAGGUUUUCUCAAAUAAUGGGAGCAUCCACAAGCUCUAGCUCUAGUAGCAACUCGUCCUCUAUUACACAAUUUCACGAUACCCAAGAUAAUAAUAUACCAAGCAACACUACUGUAAGGCCAACUUCACUUCGACGAGACAACGAGGAUACCGUACCGUUAAGGAACGUAACUCCUUCACAAAACGCGGCGGUACGGCCAGAAAGAGCAGUGAAUUCACCAUCUUCGCAGAGAUUAAGUUGCGCACUGACAAUAUCAACUUCAGUUCUUAUGGGAGAAGAUGUUGAAGGAAGCCCUAUAGAGCAAGAGCAUAGUAGGGUCGUAUCUUCAUUAUACUCAUCUUUGGCGAAUCGCGGGAACGACGAGUCAAAGAAUGGAACACCUCCACGUCCUACCUCAAUUGAACCUAAUGAAACAACGGAACACUCAUUUUUCUCAUACCAUUACGAUGACACCUUAGAACCAGAUGUUGAAGAGGCAGUGAGGCUAACGAAGAAUAAAACUUCUAAUGUUAAUUUUAUAAGCUCAACUGGCAGUAAAGGUGAAGGCGAGACCGAGGAUGAAGUCAUAGAUCAAUACGAACCUGUGAAUGAAUCAAAAUUUAUACCGCACAAACUAAAAAUUCCAGAGAAGGCUGGAUCAAUAAAGUCGUCGACAAGUGAUGAUUCGCAUUCGCCAGGUGCGCCAGGUACGUCGGCAAGGAAGAUUAAAAUUCCUCAGAGUCCAUCGUUAAUUGGUAACAUAUUGAUUCCUUCACACAAUAGUGACAGUAGUAACGAAAGUUCUCCUAAAGACCAUAUAGGGCAUAAUAAUGAAGAAAAAUUCAGUUCAAAAUCUACGCGCAAGCCCUCCACAUCCCUAGAAGAAGAAGGUCCACCAAUUGGACUACCUUCAAUUCCCGUAUUAAGAAGUGUGUCCGGACCAAGCAAAUGGACGAAGACACCUUUACGCUUAGAAUCUGGAAAUUCAACUAAGUCUGAUCCAUUUUCACGCUAUGAAGGACACAAGACGCCCUCUCCAUUGACCAAGAUGAACAAGAAGAAAAAUAAAACGUUGCCAGAACAUGGACAACCCCUCGUGCUAGCUCCAAUUAAAUCUCAAAGCUCGGAGUCAGACACGGGACAGAACUCCAUUAUAGAAAAGCCAGCUCGAAGCAUACGACGAAAGCAACAAGAAAAAACUGAUAAUAGGAAAGAAGACAGGCACGAUGCUGAAAAUAUAGACCUGGAGGCGAGAAUGCCAAUUCAACAUAUCGAUACCGCUUCCAUUCAUUCGUUUGAUUCAGGUCAAAAUGGAUUCAGGGACGUUUACAGCAUCGAAAACAUCAUUGUGAUCCUCCUAUGUUGUAGUAUAGUGCCGCCAUUAUUUUUUAUUAUUGGCUGCAGCUCAAGAAGGAAAUUAGUUUCAGACUAUAGAUUAAUGAGGUUGCUUAUGAAUAAAGAACACCGAGCGGCUUUGCUGCAAGGAUUCAUAUGGGACGUUGAUUUAAGGUGGUUCCGGAUGUUUUGUCUGAUCUUAGGGGCUGCCGAAACAGUGAUUGUGAUGGCCGGUAUUGCUAUUGGAUUUGGUGUGGGUAUAACACGUGAAUAA